AUGAGCGAACAUUUGGUUGGAUUUAGCAGCAUUCGAUUCUUCACCAUCAACAAUGAUGCCAGUAAACCCCACUCGCCAUUCACUGCCAGUCACCUGUUCUCGUCACUUUGCGGGAGCACCAUCAUCAGCAAUAAUAAUAACAACAUCGACGAAGAUGCCUUAGCCAAUAACAAUAACAACAACAGUAGCAUUAUCAAUAAUAACAAUUAUCUUAGCGAUGAUUCGAAAUCAAGUACCUUACGAGAAACGUAUCCUAUGUACAACUAUUGUGUUCAGCAGAGUCCUACGCAACUGUAUCCGUCGUUCGCCGCCGGUGCCUUUAGCCAUCAUACCCAUCCCCAUCGUCCGCACGCGAUGUCCCCCCACGACAUCGGCCGCCAUACACCACCUCCACACUCGUUUCUGGAUCUCCAACAGCCACAGCAGAUGGUGGCGUCGCAACCGUCCGCCCUGCAACCAGUGCCAGUACUAAGUUCCAAGCUAAUGCCGCCUAUUCCGCUGGCUGCAUCGAUAGCAAUUGCGUCCAGUUUGCCCAAAAACCAUCCGCUGAGUGAAUCUGCCAGUGCAGCUGCAGCGUUUCACCGACUACUGCAGCCUUCAUCCUCGUCGGCGGCCGGCAUUUCGGCAGCAGCUGCAGCCGUGGCCGCCGGUCGAGCUCUACUCGAAGCCCGACAUCAUAGUAGCAGCAGCAGUCCCGAUCGAAUGAUCAAAUGUGAACGAACCGACUAUUCACUCUCACCCCGUUUACCACCGGAUAUCGGUGGGCCAGGAGGAGGGGAUGGUGGGAAAAGUACAAUCACCAAGAAUAGGAAAAUCCAUCGAUGUGAUGCUAACGGCUGCGAUAAGGUGUACACCAAAAGUUCUCACUUGAAAGCGCACAAGCGGACGCAUACAGGGGAAAAACCGUAUAUCUGCACCUGGGAAGGCUGCGUCUGGCGCUUCGCUCGAUCCGACGAGUUGACGCGGCAUUACCGGAAGCACACUGGUCUCAAACCGUUCCGCUGCAAAUUGUGUACUCGUUCCUUUAGCCGUUCGGAUCACCUCUCGCUGCACAUGAAGCGGCACUGA